UUUCUUUCGAUACGAACUAAGCGCCCGCCCUCUCUUGUACUGAGCCUCUCUCCUCCCUUCCCUGGCCCUUCCUCUUUACUUCUUCCGCCAAAUUUAGCGGCGAUUUCUCCAAACACUCAAAACGACACUCAUUUUUUCUCCUUUAAAUCCACGAACUUACACGUCAUUUCUUCGUCUACGCAUUCUCCUCUACAAUUCCACUUUCGUUUCGUUAAUCUCUAGCAAUGGCUCAGGUGGUCGCCACGCGUUCGAUUCAGAGCUCCUUUUUGUGCCCUACCUCUGGAUCCGUACAAGAGCGAGCUGAGAAAUUGAAGCCUCAAAGCUUUGCCUCGAAAGUGCUGGCACGUGAGGAGGAGAGCAGACUUAAGUUUGUUCGUACAAGUACUCGAAUCACUGCUAAGAGAUCCACGCAAGCUGACUCUCGAGUGAUUCCUGUGACACCUGAGGAUGUACCAAAGAGAGAGGAACAAUUUCAGCAUUUGGAUGGCAUUCAGCAAUUAGGUGACACAUCAGUGGGCAUGUGGACCAAGCCAACGGUCAGACGUAAGACGAAGAUUGUUUGCACAAUUGGUCCUUCAACUAACACAAGAGAAAUGAUAUGGAAGUUGGCUGAGGCUGGAAUGAAUGUUGCUCGUUUGAAUAUGUCACAUGGAGACCAUGCAUCUCAUCAGGAAGUUAUUGAUUUGGUCAAAGAAUAUAAUGCACAGUCCAAAGACAAUGCUAUUUCAAUUAUGCUUGAUACAAAGGGCCCAGAGGUUAGGAGUGGGGAUUUACCUCAACCAAUCAAUUUAACAACUGGGCAGGAAUUCACCUUUACAAUUCGCAGAGGGGUUGGCACAGCUGAUUGUGUCAGUGUCAACUACGAUGAUUUUGUUAAUGAUGUAGAAGGUGGUGACAUGCUUCUUGUUGAUGGUGGUAUGAUGUCACUGAUGGUGAAAUCAAAGACAGAAGAUUCUGUAAAAUGUGAAGUCGUUGAUGGAGGAGAGCUUAAGUCUAGACGGCAUCUGAAUGUUCGUGGAAAAAGUGCAACACUGCCUUCCAUAACUGAGAAGGACUGGGACGAUAUCAAAUUUGGAGUUGACAACAAAGUUGAUUUCUAUGCUGUUUCCUUUGUUAAAGAUGCAGAAGUGGUUCAUGAACUGAAGAAUUAUCUGAAAAGUCGUAAUGCAGAUAUACAUGUAAUCGUAAAGAUUGAAAGUGCAGACUCCAUUCCAAAUUUGCAUUCAAUUAUCACAGCAUCUGAUGGGGCAAUGGUUGCAAGAGGAGAUCUUGGUGCAGAACUUCCUAUCGAGGAGGUUCCACUUCUGCAGGAAGAGAUAAUAAGGACAUGUCGUAGCAUGGGGAAAGCUGUUAUUGUGGCAACCAAUAUGUUGGAAAGCAUGAUUGCUCAUCCAACACCAACCAGAGCAGAGGUAUCAGACAUUGCCAUUGCUGUUCGAGAAGGUGCUGAUGCUGUCAUGCUUUCUGGUGAAACUGCUCAUGGGAAGUUUCCAUUGAAAGCUGUGAAAGUUAUGCACACUGUUUCUUUACGGACUGAAGCAACCAUAACUAGUGGUGCUAUGCCACCUAAUCUUGGUCAAGCAUUUAAGAACCACACGAGUGAGAUGUUUGCUUACCAUGCAACAAUGAUGUCUAACACACUUGGAACCUCAAUUGUUGUCUUCACUAGAACUGGUUUUAUGGCUAUAUUGCUGAGCCAUUAUCGACCCUCUGGCACUAUAUUUGCCUUCACAAAUGAAAAGAGGAUACAACAGAGGUUGUCUUUGUAUCAAGGAGUAUGCCCCAUAUACUUGGAGUUCUCUGAUGAUGCUGAAGAAACCUUCUCAAAUGCCUUACGCUUACUGCAGAAUCAAGGAAUGGUUAAGAAAGGAGAGGAGAUUGCACUUGUUCAGAGUGGCAGACAACCCAUCUGGCGGUCCCAUUCGACUCACAAGAUUCAGGUCCGCAAAGUGUAGACUAGAAGAAAGGCGGCUUAUAAUUCCAACUUGAGAGUAAUCUUAUCAGCUCCCGUUCUGUUUUAUCCCGUUUGUGUUGCUGUUAUUUAUCUUUGUUGGCGGAUUUUCCCUUUGCCAAGAUUUGGCAAAAAUGCAUUCCUUAAAUUAUAGUUUUUUCUAUCCCUUUGCUGCAAUGUAAUGCUGAUCCGAGUAAUACUCAGAAUGAUCGGGUAGUUUACCCAAACAGGGGAGCUACUACAACAUGGAUUUAUAAUGAAAUACAUAGUAUUUACUAAUAAAAAAAACUUACACUUUUUUUUUCCCUUA